AUGUCACUGUCACUACCGCUCGCUCUUUUUUCACUUAUUCUUAUCUUACCGACAACUGAUACAAAAAGUAUUACGGUAUCCGUUCGCCAGUAUACAGGACUCAAGCGAAGUGAUAUCUAUGGUUUAGAAAACCAAUACUACUAUUUUCAAUUCUGCUCAUGCCCGAAGACGUUCACGGAAAGGAAUGUGCAAGUUAAUCAAUGUGUCUGCGCGGACGCUCAAAAAGGGAAAAAGCUGGAUGAUUCUAUCCCACAAGCAAGAUUCUUCUCCAGCUCCCUGAACUGUGGCACCGGUUCUUGUAUUAACACAAAGAUCGAGAACGAGCAAGGCGAUAAAUUGUUUGUCAAAGUGUUCAUUGGUUCUACAAUUCUCACCUCUCCAGAAUAUCAAAUGCUUCCGGUCAGGACCACCAAGAAUGACGUAAUCUUAAGGACCAAUAAGAGUUCGAAAAUUAGGAUCACAUACUCAACAGAUGUUAAGGAGGACAAUGAGAAAGCAUCUAGAACGGAAAUUGAGAAAGUUCAAUGGAGCAACUCAAUUCUUCAUGAUGUUAAUGGGGGAGCUUUGGACUUUUUCAGCCGACUGACUAAUCAGAAGAAAAAGGAUCAAAAAGUGUCAUCACUUCCAUCUAACACAGAUGUCAAGCACUUGAGCAAUAUCGGUGCUAUCAAAAACUAUCUGUUCUCCAAGAGCAAAGUCGACAAAAUCGAUCCAGCUCGUUACGACAUUCCGAGUCUCAAAGAAUGGCUAGUUUCCUACCACAACGUCUACCGAUCCAAACACAAUGCUCCAGCGCUAAUCGUUGAUCCGGUUCUUGAAAGCCGUGGCAAACGAUGGGCUGACGAACUGGCUUAUCAUCGUGGGUGUCUGGUUCAUGAACAGCCAAGAACAUACGGUGAAAACCUGUUCUUUUUCGGUGCUCGCCAUCUUCCAUCACCUCAAACUUUGGCAGCAGCCAUCAUCCAAAGUUUCUAUUUAGAAGGAAUUGGAUACAAUUACUCUAGCUGGAAGCCAAUGUCAUUCUUCAAAACCGGUCAUUUCACUCAACUGAUCUGGAAGGAUUCUAGAAAAAUUGGAGUUGGAGUGUCCAUCGUCAAAUCUAGCUCUAUCCGUUCUCCAUGUGUCUCCGGAGGAUCACCCAACAUGUACUUAAUUUUUGUGGUUGUCAAGUAUGAUCCUGCUGGAAAUAUGGAGUCUCAUAAGGCAUAUUUGAACAACGUGAAACGACCUGUAGCCUGA